AUGGUGGCUGCUCUUCCCACACUCAGCCUUUUACACUGAUUUAUAUUGUACAGUUUUUGUGAAAUAAGUUUAAGGUAAUUUUCAGGGCCAGAUACAGCAUUUGCCUUGUGUUGUUGUUGUCACUGUUAUUGGUGAGAUUCCCAUCACUGGCCACAACUUGGUGUUUAUUAGUCACAGAGCUCCAGUCUGGCCUCAUUUCUCCUCACAAACCACUCUCUUAUCUUAUUAAGUACAUAUGCCAUUACAUUGCCCCCGCGUGGCAUUUCUGUCACUAGACUCAUGUUCCACUCGAUAAAAGACGCGUUUUUCUCUAUAAACGACGAGACCCCCACACCCUUCCCAAACCGUUAAACCAAACCCUAACCAGCCGCGCAUGCCCACAAACCACUUCAACUAGUGCGCAGGCGCAUUGUAUCAUUCAGUCACCACAGAGACUAUGACCAAGUUAAGAGAUUGUCACAGGAAGCGGAAGCGGCAACUCGUAGCUGUCCAGGAACUGCAGUCAUGGCUGAUGUGAAAGAUGCUCUGCUGUCUGUGCUGCCGACCAUUCGGGUACCUCGGGCUGGGGACCGUGUGCACAAGGAUGAAUGUGCCUAUUCCUUCCACACUCCGGAAACAGACAGCGGGUUAUAUAUUUGCAUGAACACAUUUCUGGGCUUUGGGAGACCCUAUGUUGAGCAGCAAUACAACAAGACUGGGCAGAGAGCCUUUCUGAAUAUCAAGAGAACUCCUAAAAUGAAAUCCGAUGAAUCUAAUUCUGGCACAGGAGACCCUCCACGCAAGAAGCCGACUCGCUUAGCCAUUGGAAUGGAGGGUGGCUUUGACAUGACUGAGGAACAGUGUGAGUAUGAGGAAGUGCUGAAGCUGGUCAUUCUGCCCGAGUUCCUAGAGAUUCCACGGGAUGGACUGUCGGGGCUCCCGGAGAUGGUCAGGGAUCGGGUGUCGUCUGCUAUUGAUGCCAUACUGUCUGCUGACUCUGCCUCCCGGAAACAGGAAAUUCAGGCGUGGGAUGGGGAAGUGAGGCAGGUUUCCAAACAUGCGUUCAAUCUCCAGCAGCUUCAGGGAGUUCCCCGUAUUCCACCUUGCGGAUGGAAGUGCAGUGUAUGUGAUCUGCGGGAGAAUCUAUGGCUCAAUAUGACAGACGGUGCCAUCUUUUGUGGAAGACGUUACUUUGACGGCAGCGGAGGGAAUAAUCACGCGUUACAGCACUACCAAGAAACAGGCUUCCCUUUAGCAGUGAAACUAGGCACCAUUACGCCUGAUGGAGGAGAUGUAUAUUCCUACGAUGAGGAUGAUAUGGUUCUGGACCCUAACCUGGCAGAGCAUCUCUCACACUUUGGCAUUGAUAUGAUGAAGAUGCAGAAGACGGAUAAGACCAUGACAGAACUGGAAAUUGAUAUGAACCAACGAAUCGGAGAAUGGGAGGUGAUUCAGGAAUCAGGUGUGCAAUUGCAGCCCCUCUAUGGUUCGGGGUACACAGGCAUCCAGAACCUCGGAAACAGCUGCUACCUCAAUUCAACCAUGCAAGUCAUCUUCAGCAUCCCGGCCUUCCAACGCAAAGCUAAGCUUGGACAUGGUCUGUUAUCUGGGGAAUACUCAAAGCCAGCUCUAGAGAAAGACAGUGACAUAGCUCCAGAACAUAAGGGUCUCCAGGAUGGGCUCGCUCCAAGAAUGUUUAAGGCACUUAUUGGGAAGGGACAUCCCGAGUUUUCCACUAACCGGCAACAAGAUGCUCAGGAAUUCUUCCUGCACUUUAUAAAUAUGGUUGAGAGGAACUGCCGCAGCUCAUCCAACCCUAAUGAAGUUUUCCGUUUCCUGGUGGAAGAGAAGAUUAAGUGUCUGGUGUCUCAGAAAGUGAAGUAUACACAGAGGGUUGAGUAUAUGCUGCAACUUCCUGUUCCCAUGGAGGCUGCACUCAAUAAGGAGGAGCUGUCUGCAUAUGAGCAAUGCCGACUCCAGGCUGAACGUGAGCAUCGCCCCCCUCCAGAACUAGUCCGGGCACGUAUUCCAUUUACAUCUUGUUUGGAGGCAUUUGCUGCCCCCGAGCAGCUCGAUGAGUUCUGGAGCGCCGCUCUUCAGGCCAAAUCCAAUGCACUCAAGACUUCCCGAUUUGCCUCAUUUCCUGAUUACUUGGUCAUUCAAAUCAAGAAGUUCACUUUUGGCCUUGACUGGGUACCUAAGAAACUGGAUGUCUCUAUUGAUGUCCCAGAUGAAUUGGAUCUUUCUGAUUUUCGGGGUGGGGGGCUUCAAGGGGGGGAAGAGGAGCUCCCUGAUGUUGCCCCCCCAUUGGUCACACCCGACGAGCCCAAAGGUAGCCUUGGUUUCUAUGGCCUCGACGAUGACGACUCGUACUGCUCCCCUCACUUCUCCUCUCCGACAUCUCCAGUGCUGGACGAGUCGGUGGUUACGCAGUUGAUAGAGAUGGGAUUCCCAGCAGAGGCGUGCCGGAAAGCUGUGUAUUACACGGGCAACAGCGGGGCGGAGGCUGCUAUGACAUGGGUGAUGUCACACAUGGAUGAUCCAGAUUUUGCCUUGCCUAUGUCUGGAGCUAGUGCACCCUUAUCAGCUAGUACUGGAGGGGAUCCACCAUCUGAGGAACAUGUAGCGACAAUAAUAUCCAUGGGCUUCUCCCAGGAGCAAGCAGUGAAAGCUCUCCGUGCCACUAACAACAACUUGGAACGCGCUGUUGACUGGAUCUUCUCUCACAUCGAUGACUUAGACGCUGAGGCUUCCAUGGAUUUAUCUGAGGGUCGUUCUGCUGCAGAGUCUGUGUCUGAAAGUCUCCCUCCUGCAGGACCUCGUGUGAGGGAUGGAGCUGGCAGAUAUGAGCUUUUUGCCUUCAUCAGUCACAUGGGCACAUCCACCAUGUGCGGUCAUUACGUGUGUCAUAUAAAGAAGGAGGGAAGGUGGGUGAUCUAUAAUGACCAGAAAGUGUGUGCUUCAGAGAAGCCUCCCAAAGACCUGGGUUACAUUUACUUCUACCAACGUAUACAGAGUUAAUUCCCAGCUGCCCUGUCCCUGGUCGGCCCUCGAUGUGAGCGCAAGGAGUGGAGCCUCAUUUUGCAGUGUCUAGGUCCGUGUGGACUUUAUUCAUGGUUAAUUUGAGCAACGUUGAUUUACCAUUUUUCCCCACUCUUAUGUGGCUGUAGGGUUCCCCUUUCUCCCCCUAUUGCUUGAUCUGUUGCAGGGGACGUAACCUCGAAGUUCUCUGUGGACCAUGUUUCCAUGCUGUGGUUGGGAGGAGGCCCUGUAACCAGGACUAGGGUGUCAUUCACAUGGACGGCUGUUGGGUGAUCUGUAAUGGCAUUGGGCUUGGGGUCCCGUCAUAUUGUGGGGAACUGAAGGCUCUGGCUGUGUGCUAAGGUGGUUUGUGUCUAUAUUUAAUCCCAGAGUUCACCAGUGUGAAAAAUAUUUCUUUCCCAUCCAUCAAACAUGCCCUUUUAUAAACACACAGCUCUCUGCUAUUAAAGGUGAAAAAGAACAUUAAA